CUUUUAGCCGGCCAUUUUUCCUUUUCCACCGCGAACACGAGGCGAGGUGUCACGGAGGUUGGGGCCGAUCCGGAGAACCCUAGAGCAAAGCCUCGGUUUCCCUUUUACAAUUGAAUCUACUCAGCCCUGGCGGCGCCGUUGGAAAGGGUAUUGGAUCACCAUGGCCUUCUCUGUUCCUUCACAUAGGGACAAAAUUUCCAUGGAACUAGCUAGGUGGUUGCCAAUUGCAAGCAGAAUUAUUUCAUGUAAAUGGAACUCGAUGAUCUUUGGGUGCGACACCAUUGGAUUAAGGUUCUACGAAUUGAGGAACCAUCAGUUGAGUUUGAAGAGGACUAAGAGGAGUUAGAGAGCAGCGAGUUCGAGUGAAGCUAGCUAGAGGAGGACGGUACGAGCGUCACAGAGGAAGUCUAGUCGGAGCUUUUCA